AUGAAUUCUUAUGGACAUAUGCCGGAGCCGACACCGCGCGGUCAGAUUGGAGGACACGAGGGCGUUGGAUACGUCGUUAAGUUGGGUGACGGAGUGACAGAGGUCCAGUUGGGUGACCGCGUUGGAGUGAAAUGGAUCACGUCGGCCUGUCUGAUCUGCUCCGAGUGCCUCGCUGGGUUCGACAAUCGUUGUAAGAAGCGCAAGGUCGCAGGGUAUAAAACGCCCGGUACAUUUCAACAAUAUAUCAUCAGCGAUCCCCGAUAUGUCACUCCCAUUCCCGAGGGGCUCUCUUCUGAGGCGGCUGCCCCUCUCCUCUGUGGUGGAGUGACCGUGUGGUCAGCUCUAUUAUACAGUGAGUGUAAGCUGGGUGACUGGCUUCUAGUAUCCGGGGCCGGAGGGGGCCUCGGCCACCUCGCAGUUCAGUAUGCAAAGGCGUUCAAUCUGAGAGUCAUCGCCGUCGACCACGGCUCCAAGGCGGACUUUUGCAAGUCCCUCGGGGCAGAUGUCUUUCUUGACUUUACACAAUUCAACUCGGCAGACCUUACUGCCAGAGUCAAGGAAGUCACCGAUGGUGGAUGUCAUGCCGUUAUGGUCUGCAAUGCCAGCUCCGGAGCAUACGAUCAGGCGCUCGAUUUCCUCCGGUACGCUGGAACGCUGGUCUGCGUGGGAAUCCCGGAAGUCGACCCUCACCCCAUGCCAAAUGCUGCCCCCUUCAAGAUCAUCGGGAAUCUCUGGAAAAUAAAAGGUCCGUGA